AUGGCCAAAGAACUGAUUAUCAGCAACUUGAAGAAGCUCCAUGUGGAUGAUUCGAUCACUGUGCAGGGAAGGGUGGCACCAGGAGCUAAGAGAUUUGCCAUCAACCUGGGCAAAGAUUACUUGACCUCCUUGAUUCACUUUAACCCUCGCUUUACUGAAGGGUUGAUUGUGUAUAACUCCAGGAAGGAUGGAGGGUGGGAUCACUUUCACCAUAAAAGCCGACGAAGUGAAAGUGAAUACCCUGACGGCAAGGUGUUUGAUUUCAAAAGCCCGCUAAAGCUGAACCACAUCGACUACAUCAAAGUGGAUGAUGACUUCGAGGUCCAUUCUAUCGACAUUGAAUGA